AGCAGUAAACACACCGAGGUCACGCCGUGGACUCAAGAUUGGUUAAUAGUUAACUCUAUACGCCACAUAACGUGCUGUCGUGUUACAAAUGGCGGACGCAGUACGUAGCUAGCGAUGUGAAGCUUUAAAACAUUUCCAUAUCGACAAGAAUUAGCUAUAACAGCAGAUAACCAAACAUGUCGUCCCAGAGUUAUGGACUAUGGAUGGGGUUGAUUCUAAUAACAGCGGCAUUGGGGAUGUACUUCACUUUCAGUGGAAGUGUUCCUCAUCUCGGUAAGCUUGAGAAGGAAAAAAUGAGCGAGACACAAAGAGACAAUACUCGUCAACUCCAGCAGGCGGGACGUGAACGCGAGACGCAGUAUGAAAACCACAAAAAAGGUGAAUUCGCUGACGAGUUGCAGCCCUAUCAAGAAAACGUUGUUCCUAACAUAGUACAUUAUAUUUGGAUAGGACAAAGACCGUUUCAAUUUCACAAUUUAGUUAGUCUAGCGAGUGCUAAGAGAUUUCUGAAACCAGAAAAGAUCAUGUUUCAUACCAACGUACAAUUAAUGAUCAAUACUGAUAAUAUGGAUUUUCAGGAAGGAGUGGGAAGCGGCGGAAUGUGGAAAGAGGCCAAAAGCAUUCCAGGCCUGGAGGUUGUACAUUUCACCCCUACUGAAUCAAUCAAUAAUCUGACGCUAGAUCGAAAAUCGCAACACUAUUUGUCACGUAUUCAAAUACUCAAACAAUACGGUGGCAUCUACUUGGACGAUGAUGUCAUCGUCAUUGAUUCGUUCGACCCGCUUCGUAAGUACGCGUGCGUGAUUGGUCGGGAGAAAACCGGGCUCAACACAGGGGUAAUGCUCGCCAAAGGCAAGACCGUGUUUCUGGAUGAAUGGGAGAAAACCUUUGAAAAGUACGGCUCGGAUCGGAGAUCUGCAGAAGAUAAUCUGUAUUGGCUUAUUUCUAAACACCCGGAAACUAUUCAUGUCGAAGCGCAAAAGUUUCGUCGCCAUGACAACUUUCAGAAUGACGACUAUAGUAAUAAUAUCUUCUUGGCAAAAAUUGAUCACUUCGGAAACUAUGCAGUUAAACUUUACUAUGAACUAUACUAUCAUGAAAAUACAGGACAAAACAUAAAAUACGUGAAUUCGUCAUAUGGUGCAUUGGCUCGAUAUGCUUACUAUGGGGCACCAGAAUUCAAACAAGACUGGCCACCCAAGGAAACAAAACCCUUAGUUGUUCCCAAUAUUGUUCAUUACGUUUGGUUCUCUGAUCACGAUUUUCUGUUCCACCACUUCCUCAGUAUAAAGAGCGCCCUUCACAUACAGAAAGCAGAAUCAAUAAUGUUUCACACGGAUGCUGAACCACGUGGUAAAUGGUGGGACAAGGCUAAAAAAAUGGCGGGUGACAAACUCAGCGUCAUGUACAAAGAACAGCCGACAGAGGCAUUCGGCCGAGCACUGCCGAAGCUUCACCAUCGUUCCGAUAUUGCCCGAUUACACGCAUUGCUCAAGUAUGGCGGAAUUUUCAUAGAAGAGGAUACUUUAAUUGUGAAAAGCCUCGACACCAUCCGUCAUUUCCCGUUCACCAUGGGGAUGGAUGUAUAUGGGUUGAAUAAUGGGGUGAUUUUAUCUGAACAGAAUGCUGAAUUUCUUCGAUUUUAUCACGACUCGUAUCAGUUCUUUAAUGAUGCAGAAGAACACUUCAACUCGGCUAUGGAACCUUACCACAUCGGUGCUGAUCACCCAGACAGUCUUAACGUCGAAGAAAUCCGUCUAACUCGGCCUGAUUGGACAGACUUUUUCGACAUGGCUAGAUUGUGGAGAGAGAACGGGAAGAGGGAUUGGUCUCACUCCCUGACGAUACAGCUUAAAUGGAUCUAUCACGACAAGACAUACGAGCCAGAAGAUAUAUUGGACAUGGAUACAACGUUUGGAGAGAUAGCGCGACUAGUGUACUUCGGUAGUCCGGAAAUCAUCACAGAGGGCGUUGACAUAGAACAAUUCGAGAAAGGAUUCUACAAAGAAGAUGGACAUGAACAUCGUCUUGAAAAGGAUGGUGGGAAAAAAGAGAAGUUGGCAGAUGAAGAAAUGGCAGCUAGAAAAGAUGAGAAUUAUAUUCGUGAAGUGGGUCAUCCACAUGAUAAGCAUGCGAAUAACGAAGUAGUUCAAGAAAUAGAUUUGGGUAGAAAAGGCGAAGAGAAUGAAAAAGAAGACAUUCGCGAGGUAGAUGGAGAGAAAACUGAGGAUGUGGAGGUUCGAGGAGAAGGGGAAACAGAGAUUGCCAAGCAGAGAUCCGAGGAGGAGGAUGAACAAGCGAAAGGCGAAGAAGAAAUAGCGAUGGAAAAGAAAUUAGCACAAGAUGAUGCAGAAAUCAGAGAUAAAGAGAAAAAAAUGGACGAAGCAGCUCAAGCCGAUCCAAUAAAAGAUGAAGAAAAAACGCACGAUGAUACAGACAUCAGGGACAACGAGAAAAUGGUGGAUGAGGCAGAUAAGCCGAAUACAAUUAAUGACGUACAGGAGAAAAUAGUCUAGGUGUAUAGUCACGACAGAUGUAGAAAUGCACGACGAAGAGCAGGGGGUAAAUUUGAAAUAAUGUUGAAAUGAUACAUUUUAAACUACAACACCAACUUUCUGUAAUAAGCAUUCCGUUUGCCAACACUGUUCUCACGUUAUAUGCUCUUGAUAUUCAAUAAUUCAAGAAAUUCUAAUAAAAAACACAAAUAGAUAGUCACUAAGGUAUCAGAAAAAGUGUAGAUACUUACAUCAGUUGUAGUAACUCCGUCCUGGUUGCUUUCAAGUCUGUUACAACUUUUGUAUUUGCUACUUUGUGAAUAACACAGUAGAACCACUGUCAUUUGAUCUUUGGAUUUGUUUUAUCAGGGCUCAUGCGUUAUGUUACAUUUACACACUGCACUCGACACUUCCAUUCGUCCUGAUCUAAGACUUCCUGUAAUCAAAACGGAGUUACCGCAAUGAAUGUAUAUAUUAGUAGUACUCAUUUUUAUGACCUUCUUUGAAUUGGCUGGAAAUAUUUAGACACCUGUAACUGGCCUAUCAGCCAGGAUCUUGUGAUAUUUAUAAAUACAUACAUUAGUUAUAAUGAAGCGUGGUUAUAUUCGAGUGGUCGUGUGUAAACUAUUAUCCAUGGUAACAUAACAAGUUCAUAUACCAUUCUGUCCGGAGUGGUAUAUGAACAUUUACAAAUACUUUUGACUUGAAUAUUAGGAUUAUGUCAAAUCAAAACAUAUGCACAAAGAUAGCCAUAUUCAAGUCAAGAGUAUUUGUAAAUGUUUUAGACGUGUACAAAGUAGAAUUAAAUCAAGAGAAAACAACUAUUCAAAUUCGUUUCUAAAACCUGACCUACUGGGCAUUUGUUUUCCUUUUAUCUGAUGUAUUGCAGCAUUUUAAAACUUUCACUCAAAUGUAUUUAUUACAAUAUGGGAAAUAAUGAAACAAUAUUGUUAAAAUUUUCAUUUAAUUUUGUGUGUGUAUGUGACACACACAAAAAUAAAUAGAAAUUUUAACAUUUUAAUUAUUCUCAAUCUUACAGAAUAUUCAGUGAUGUCAUGAUUCAAAAUUGUUUGCGCAAUUGUCAUUGUUUUCACUACUUAGUAGAGCUUCAAGAAUGUGACUGAAUAUCGUUUUUUGUUUUAUGUCAUUUAACUGUCAUUUAAGUGCGUCCGCUUUGGUGAUGCAAGACAUGACGUAAAGCGGCGUUUGUCUAAAUAUAUAUGGCAAAUAAAACACUCCCAGUUGAUAAUACUUUUAGUGUGACGUCAUGUUUUAAUUAGUAGGUGCACGUAAUUCAAUAUUCUUGAUACAGGUUAGAUAAAUAAAUGUUUUUGAAGAGUCAAUAAGUGUUUUUAGACAAAUAGACAAUAUAUUUUUCAAUUUUUUAGGAAUUUCAUCUUACUUCAGAAAAUUUCAGAAGUUGAUCUGUUCACACUGGCCUGUAUUUUACAAUACUGUUUGAAGAGGGGGGAUUUGUUCGAAGGACCGAAAAGACGUUCUUUGAACUGGUAAAAUGGUUGCACCAGUUUAACUUGUAAACUUACUGUACAAUGAUAUGAUGUAAUCUCGUUUCGAAUGUACAAAUCUUACAAAGUACUGCUACCCGAGAUAAACGAUGAAGUGAUUUUAAAAAUAAAUUAUAAUCUGAUGA